AUGGCACCAAAUGGUUACAGGAAGAUCUCCACCAAUAAAUCUGCUGAGAAAGUUGGUUUUGUUUCUUUCCUUUUGUUGCAAUGGAUGAACGAUGCUAUGAAGACAGGCAGUAAACGAACCUUAGAUGAAAGAGAUUUUGUACCACUCUCAAACGAGAACACCUCACAGUCAGCCACAGAACUUCUUGACAAAAAAUGGAAAGAAGAAAUAGCUAACUCCAUUAGGAAGAAGAAAACACCGAAGUUGUGGAAAAGUGUUUUUAAAAUGAUUUCCUUCAGGGAAGCUGUUUUUGUUGUUUGCUGUGAUUUCUUGUUCGCAACCGGCUCCCUCCUCUCGCCAUUGCUCAUUGGACAUCUGAUUUUUACGUUAAUGUCUCAUGAAACACAUCAGAACGACAUCCUUCAUGGUUGCGUUUUAGCAACUGCCAUGGCUGUAACCACUUUGGUCGGGACUCUCGGCAUGCAACAUUCCGGUUACGCGGCUGAAAUAAUGGGCAUCAGACUGAGUAACGCAGUGAAAGGUCUCGUUUACAGAAAGGUGAGCAGAAGAAGGGUAACUGUUUCGUCUCUAGCCUUCUCCAUAAUCUUCGAGGCGUUUACUUUUUCCCAUCCCGUUGCAUUUGCUCGUGUUAGUUGCCGACGCCGCUGCUUUGAAGAAGAUUGUGGACGAGUAAGGGCAGGGUUCGGUUGGGUUGGGUAGGGGGAAUGGGCGCAAUCUUCCUCAAUUCUCUCGACACUGUUUCCUUCGCUUUUCGAUACACUUUUGUUAUUAACUCCAGAUUAUGGAGUAGUCAGAGGAAGUUUUAAAUCCAGUGUCUAAGUAGGUAAUCUAGGACUGCAUUCCGUCUUUUCUCGGCAACACUGUGUAUCCGCAGGCUGGAAUUUACACGGCGAGAAGUAGUAACCAGCGUUGGAAUUGAUUAUGCCUAAGCUAAAGCUUCUAUGAAUUCAUAUGCUUUAUUAAACCUGAAAUAUAAGAUUUGUCUUGGCACCUUAAGACUCCUCUAGCUACGCCUCUGUCUUGGGAGCGUGAGAGGUUGUUCAAUCUCAGACUUGAAUCCUCAAUCUCGCGGGUGGCAGUCAGCGUUCUAGCAAUUUGGCUAAACCCAGGUGGCGGUCCUCAUUGGCUCCUUAAUGUAUUCGAUAAAAAAAAUGAUUGGGAAUUGAACUUUGGAAGUGCAAGUUUGUCUCUUCGUUUCCUUGGAGAUGAGUAGAACUUGGUAAUCACUUCAGAACUAACCAAUCAGUGCACUCGAAUAGCACUUCCACCAGUGUGGUAUACCCUAAUUAUCUUUAGUGUAUACUAAAACAGUGGAUAACGUUGAAGGCGCACUCUGAAUGGCUACUCAAACUCCAAAUAUCCCUUGCCAUUUAUCUCCGAGAAUCUUGCGCAGAGUUUUCGCCCGAAAAUACUGUAAUCGUUGCAGGAAACGAUUACAGUAUUUCGUAUAGGAUUAUAGAUUAGGAUUUUGUACAUAGUAAAGCAAUUACUCGGUGGCUACCUGUGGGUAUUUACCUCGCAGCUGGGUAAAUAUCCACCAUUAGCCACCUUUACUUUGGCGAAUGGUAGUUAAUGAUUCUGAUUACUUUCUGCACUAAAGAUGGGUUUUCCUUUUCAAGAAGUCAAUUCUAGUAUUGAUAUUGUUUCAUUCUCAGAUCUUACUGCUUAGCAAGAGUUCAUUGUCAAAAUUUUCAGCGGGGCGUGUGAUCGACCUUCUGUCAAAUGAUGUUCAGCGAAUGGAGAAAGCACCUAAAUGGAUUUUAGCAAUGAAUUCAGCCAUACUCCAAAUUGUGCCCGCAACGUUUAUAAUCGCGUAUCUGAUUGGCUGGCAGGCUCUUAUGGGAGAGAUAUUUCUCUGUCUUCUUCUACCGUAUUAUGCAGAGAUGUCUUCUGUCAAUGCCGCACUGCGUCUGCGUUCAGCGGCGGAAUCUGAUAUGCGAAUUUCUUUGACGAAUCAAGUGGUUUCUGGGAUACGUGCUAUCAAAGCGUAUGCGUGGGAGGAUGAAUUCAGAGAAAAAAUAAAACACGCACGAAAGUAAGGGAAAUUUAAAAACCCAUUUUAUUUUUUCAGAUAACUGCAAAACAUCGUCAGACCGACACCUUUAAGUGAACGAAGUGAUAGUAUUAGUUUACUAGCGUGAUAACUCAUUCCAGAUUUUAGGAAAAACACUCUAUGAGUUUAUAAAUCACAAAAUAAUUAACAUUUAUAGGUAGAGAGGGUGGCUGUGAGUGGGGGGAGGGGGUUGGAGGUCAUAUCAAGGAAUCGUUUGUGAUCAUGGUGAUGUACUGUUUAAUGCGCUUUGCUAAUUGUAUAAUGCGUUCAGUUUUCAGAGAGUUUUUGGGUGUAAUAAACGAUAGGUAUCUGAACAACCAGUGCAGAGUGCAGAGUUUCUGAUCAGUACUUGGAGUUUGUCCAAAACAUGAUGACAACAAAUCUUUUUGUUUCUUUCAGACGAGAAAUAAGCAUCAUCCGUAAGAAAAGCGCUAUUCUCUCGGGCUUAGCUGCCUUAGAAUAUACUUCAAUACCAAUCCUGCUGUCUGUUAUUACUCUGCUGCUUACUGGUCAACCCUUAACACCAGUGAAUGUUUUUAUACUCUUAAUGUUUACUAACUUGCUAAGACUUAACAUUUGCCUUGACAUCGCGUAUGGUGUGGUGGAGACACGGGAGUCAUUUGCAUCACUCGGAAGAAUAGAAGAUUUUCUUAUUUCAGAGGAUUUGUUUUCCAUCUCUGAGGAUCAUUGUCUACAUGACAGAGGAACAGUUGCAGAGAGAAAGUCGGGCAAGUUACAAAACGAAACUAUGAGCCAGUCGCAUGUAUCAGAUGAAGAUCCCCUUACUGAUCAGUGGAUUAACCCUUCUAAGCCAGGAAAUGUAUGUGUGUCGCAUUUAACAUAUAACGAAGUGGCGAGGAAAGAUGAAUUUAUUCUUCAAGAUGUGGACUUCGUUACUGCGUUAGGAAGCUUGACAGUUGUCACCGGACCAGUAGGCAGCGGUAAAUCAACUCUCCUCUCAGCGAUCGCGGGCGAGAUGUCAGACGUAAGCGGAACAAUAAGCCUUCAAGGAACUUUUGUGUAUGCACCGCAAAAAGCCUGGGUGUUCUCUGGAAGCUUAAGAGAAAAUAUUUUAUUUGGAGAGUCGUACGAUGAUCCAAGAUACACCAGAAUAAUCGAGGCAUGCGCCCUCACGGAAGACUUUCAGCGGUUUCCGAACGGUGACGAAACCGUUGUUGGUGAGCGUGGUGCCGUUCUGAGUGGUGGUCAGCGUGCAAGAGUAAGCUUAGCACGCGCAGUGUACGUGGAUGCAGACCUUUACUUGUUGGAUGACCCUCUCAGCGCGGUGGACUACAAAGUUGGUCGGCAUAUCUUUGAAAAGUGUAUUAAGGGUUUGCUUGGCGAGAAGACCCGCCUGUUAACUUCUCAUCAAGAACGACACAUGAAAGAUGCAGACCAAGUGAUUGUACUGCACAAGGGUUGCGUUCUGGGGAAGGGAACCUUCGCUGAGCUUCAAGGAAAAGGCAUCUUAAAUACCACCAUCGACCCACUUUACAAGAAUGCUUCGAUAGAGAACAAGUGUAAUGACAUGGUCACCGCAAGGGAUGAUGAAGAGAGAUGCAAAGAUUUGGAGCCACUCACAAAUAAAGAAAAUGAACUGGAAAUAUCUGUUGAAGAUCGGGCAAUUGGAACGGUGUCAAGUAAGCUGUAUUGGGACUACUUCAGAAGUGGUAUUCACUCAUUGCUCAGCAUUGGAAUGAUUUCCUUGUGUCUUAUUUCUCAAGGUGAGCACUAAAGAAUUAUAAAAGUGACAAAAACUUAGCCAUUGUUUGGUGCUGUCGAGCAACAUUCUCUCUCGGGGCGAACGAGCAAGCAAGCAACCAACCCAGUUUGUUUUUGACUUGGAGGAGGAAGAGGAAACUGGGACUGACAAAAAAGGCAUGCAAAGGGUGACGUGAAAUUAAUGUUAAGACUAACAACCAAUCUGACAUUUAGAAGAGAGGUUGAUGCCUUUUAAUCCUGAGUUUAAAAUUGUUUAUUUUACCUGAUUUAGACUGUUACGUAGAUUAUGAAGAAAAUUAUCUCACUUUCGCAUAUUUUUAUCACUCACCAUAUUUUUCCGCCUUUUUGUAGCAUGGAUGGUUGCCCCUGACGUGUGGCUGUCCUUUUUGACCAGGAAACUUCCAUCAGAACAGAAAGACAAGACAAAUCUAACUAUCUAUGGUGGUUUAGUCGCUGCUUCCUUCAUAUUAGGCAUCAUCAGGGCCUACAUUUUCUUUUCGGUUUGUCUAAGAAGCUCUGAGCGGCUUCAUGACAAAAUGGUUGUGGCUCUUUUAAAAGCGCCGGUUCUUUUUUUCGAUUCAAAUCCUGUGGGUAGAAUCCUGAAUCGAUUCUCUAAAGAUGUGGGUUGCAUGGAUGAGUUAUUACCAUUACAGUUUCUAUCUACAAUUCAACUGGUAUUGCUGUUGCUCUCAUCUGUUGUCGUUCCUUCUGCUACAAAUCCUUGGGUUUUGUUCGUUACCGUUCCAGUGACGGCCAUGAUUCUUUACUUCGCAAGAUUUUACUUGAAGAGUUCCAGAGAACUAAAAAGGUUGGAGUCAAUAUGUCGAAGCCCAGUCUUCUCUCACAUAUCAGAGACUCUUGAUGGACUGGACACAAUUCGAACAAGAGGCAGACAGAGAGAGUUUAUGGACAAGUUUUACAGGUAAGUUCAUGCAACUUUCCAAGUGAGCUGGGAAAGUAAAAUCUCAAACUCAAUUCAGGCUCGAUACGCAAAACCGUGACGUUCAUAGUGCAGGGUUUAUGUUUGGCAUCCUCAAAACAUUAUCCGUAAAAAACAGUUCUCCUUCCCUCCUCCUUCAAUAAUACUCAUUACCUUCUCCUCCCUUCCUCCCCCCCCCCCCACCUUCAUCUUCCAACGCUUUUAAAAUUGUAGACAUGGAAUGCUGGGUGGCACUGAAUCUUAAAUUUAGUAUUCGGUCUCAGCCGUGGCCUCGAAUUCGCCCCUCUACGUGAUGACUUUUUUCGUUGGCGGUCUCGUGUCCAAAUGUUUUUUUUUUUUUUUAAAUUUAUAUUCUGUAUACCAAAUCUAUAAAUCUGUUUCGUUCAUCAUGGUGGUGGCACCCUCUGUGCAACGCUUAAGAAACUUGCUGCGCAGAAUUGACAUUUGAACUGGAGAUGAUUUACGUUGAUGUAUUUUCUUUCCUGUUGGACAGCUACCAAGACACUUAUACCCAGUCGUUCACGAUGGUGAUGCGGCGGUCUCCUCUCUUUAUUACCCCCACCCCUACCCCCUUCGCAACGCUUUUUACGUUUUACUGAGUGAACAAAUAUUUAGACUCGAGAUGACUUAAGUUGAUUUAUUUUCUUUCCCAUCGGACAGCUACCAAGACACUCAUACCCAGUCUUUUGUCAUGGUGACGGCGAGUGGCAGAUGGUUCGGUGUUCGUCUGGAUGCAAUCAUUUCUCUUUUAAUAGGCUUAGUCGUCUCAGUGGUAGUUUUAGUAUCUCAAGAUGCUGGUAUGUAGAGUUUCAUCCGAAAUAAUUGCACCAUUUCACGCUCGUGUACACCCAAAAGCUAUGAUAUUCCAUGUGAUAAAUGAGACCGUGAAAAGAAUCUUUCCGCGCGGAGCUGGGAGACAAAAAGAAGUCGUUGUAGCCCAUUUCAUCACUAUCUUCAUGAGGACGAUUAAUUUACAGAUAUUUUUCUCUAUUUAGCUUCCGCUGGGCUUUCUCUCGCUUACCUCAUUCAAACAGUGGCCCUGACGCAACACGCUGUCAGAAAAUCAUCAGAUGUCGAGAAUUUUAUGACGUCAGUUGAACGAGUUAUGACCUACACCAAGCUUGACUCUGAGCCUGGAUACCAAGUGGACACACUUCCCCCGGAACACUGGCCACGCGAAGGAAAUAUCACAUUCCGCGACGUGUCGAUAACGUAUUACCCGGGGGGACCGAAAGCGCUGAGGAACAUCAGUCUUGACAUCAAAGGAGGCUCAAAUAUAGGUGUUGCAGGUCGCACGGGUGCCGGCAAAUCAUCUUUUGUAGCAGCUCUUUUACGCAUGCCCGAUCCUGACGGAGAUAUUCUCGUGGAUGGGGUUCAGAUAAAGAACAUUAAUCUCCGAACAGCUCGAGGAUGCAUAUCCGCUCUUGGCCAAACCCCGGUGCUUUUCAGUGGAUCAUUGAGGAAAAAUCUGGAUCUUGUCAACCGCUUCGAAGAUGCAGAUCUGUGGCGGGUCUUAGAGGAUGUGCAACUGAAAGAUUUCGUUCAAAGUCUUGAGGGACAAUUGGAUUACGAAUUGUUGGAAAAUGGAGCAAAUGUCAGUGUAGGAGAGCGGCAGUUGAUUUGUUUGGCUCGUGUUCUGUUGCAGCAGAACAAGAUUAUCAUCUUGGAUGAGCCCACUGCACACGUGGAUCCAGGCACAGAAGAAACAAUCUGGAGAGUGGUGCGAGAGAAACUGAAAGACUCCACAGUAAUAACUAUAGCUCACCGUCUGAACACCAUCCGACACUGUGACAAAGUAUUUGUUUUUAAGGAGGGAGGGGUGGUCGAGUCUGGAAAAUUUGACACAUGAAGACUGAAGCGUUUUAUAACUGAUAUAGCAUGGUUUUUAUAAGUAACUAGUUAUGAUUAGUAUCCUUUCAUUUAAUGUGUGAGUUCGUUGACUCAAAAGCGAAGUAUUCACUACGGCCACGGUCUAUAUAGUCUCAAAAAGGGGGAACUGAGAGCGAAAUUUUUUAAAACUUAUAAGCGAUAUUUAGGGAGGCAUCAAAAAGUGGUGUAGCGUUUUGAAUAGCGGCUUUGGGAAGGAAGGAAACUAUUCUAAAACUUCCUCUGAAUGCUGUUUCGCCAAGAGCGAUUUAGAUGAAAACUGCAAAUUUUUCCAGAUUAAUUUUGCGCCGGGCUUGCGACAAUUUCAAGGCCAAAUUAAAAAGUGGGUAUCAGUCUGACCCUAAUUAAAGGGUGGCAGAGGGGUGGGGCGCGUUUCUCACCCGUUACGCCCUCGUCUUGUUGUAGUCUCCUGCUUUUUUGUAGGCUAGGAAAACCGGUUUAGACUUUACAAGUCGACUUUACAAGUUGAAGGUUAUUAUCAGCCUUUCGGGGAGGGCUGACAGUAAUGCUGCGAGAGAAACUGAAAGACUCCUCAGUAAUAAUUAUAGCUCCCCGUCUGAACACCAUCCGACACUAUGACAAAGUUCUUGUUUUCGAGGAGGGAAGGGGUAGUCGAGUCUGGAAAGUUUGUGAUGUUUUCCUCAAUUAGAUUGGUAUAGUAGUUACGUUUAGCAUUACGAAUUUGAGAUACUACUUGAUUUCUAAUAGCUCUACAAGUAGCCCAAUCAUCGUAAGAUCCAGAUUUUUGUGCCUUUUUAUGGUUGAAAUUUCUCUCCUUGAUCAGAUUUCUGAUGUCUUCAUUUAACCAUGGAAGAGUAGAAGAUCGAAUUCUCAUUGUCAUGAAGGGGGCGCAUUUAUCUGCCAUAUCCAUAAAGGUUCUUUUGAAAGCCAUCCAAGCGUUGCUUACUGUGAGGGAGGUGUCAAUGUUUUCCCAAGAGGCAGAGUGCAGGUCAUUAGCAAAAUUUUGAGAAGAAUAGUUAUUAAAGCGUCUACAACGCGCAGUCUUUAUUUCUCCUCUGGGAAUUUUCGCUCGUCGGACGAUGUAAACAAGUUGGUGAUCACUAAUAGAAUAGUUUAAAACGCCAGAAGUAACAAUUUUGUCAAUGUUUGUUGUAAAUGCCACGUCAAUUAAAAUUUUUGAUGUUUCAGUGAUUCUUGUCUUCGAUAAGUUGGGAAAAUUGAUAGAUGUUAAACAAUUUGAUGGCUUCUUUUGUAUCGUGAGGCAGUUUCUUUGGAGAUAGAUCGUAGUUUAAGUCUCCCCUUUGCUUGAUGCGACGUCCAGCGUUUUCUCCAGAUUAGGCAUGAAGUUGUUCAGGUCAACGUUAGGCGGUCUGUAUAGUGAAGAUUUUUUUUAUUUUUUUUUUUAUUUUUUUUUUUAAUAGUAUCUCUUUAUUGCGCCGUACUCUCCAAAGGGAGAUGUUAGUCUACUUACAAUAAAGUUCAAUAAUACAAUAUGAAUAACAUAAAACGAUAACUUUACCAUAUCCGAAUACAAUACGUUGAUUGAAAAGCUAUUACUGCUAAAUUACAUUUGUGCAUUGAGACUUUGAUACAUUAAAUGAGGAACUAUAACAAAAGUGAAAAAAGAAAAAGAACGUAAGGAGUAUUGUUUGAAGUGUUUUGGUGAGAGUUUCACUGUUGGCAGGUGUACCACUAAGUUUUUUAUUUAUUUACUUUUUUAUUAUUUAAAUUUUGUUUUUAUUUUAUUUUGUAUUUUUUAAAGAGAGUUGAGAUAUUUUAACCGCAUUUGUCAGGAGUUAGUUAUUGACGGUAUUUUCAAUUAGGUCCCUUUGGUGAACUGCAUUCACAAAGUCGUGGAGGACAAUGGGCUUGUUGUUAAGUUUACAACUAUAGAUAUAAUAACGCAUGAAUAGUGUGACGUAGUCGAAUUUCUUGAUGGUACUAUUCUCGUUUAAGUUGGAGGUAAUUCCGAAUAAAAGUUCCUCCGUAGUUGGAGAGAACUGUGAAUUGUAAACACAAUUCACUGUAUAGUGAAGAUACUAGUAGUUUACUUUUAUUGGGGAAAUUGAUCUCGAUCCAGACAGUUUCAAGCCCAUGUGUAAGUAUGUCAGGGAGAUUUAAAUUAAAUAAGCGCUGUUAACCUUUUUUUGAAGACUCAAGACUGUUUGUCUUUGAAAAAUCAUAGUGACACAAACUAGUGCUUCGUUAUUCCAAAGUGCGCUCAAAAUCCUCUGAUUGCAUGUACUAAAGAAAUUCUGUUAAACAAUUUAAGUGCAGUCGUCUGUAAAAGGGUGUACAUAUGCUAAUCGGGCUUUAAAACUAGGGAUUUCUGCGUGAGUAGUUCCAUUAGUGAUAAGCAGUGCUUGCCGGCGUGUUACUGGUUUACGGAAUUUUCUCGUUGGUGCAGUCUCGCCCAUUACAAAGUUCCCUUCAAGGAAAAAGAAGAAGGUUAGCCGGUAAGUAUUUAUCUUUUGACCAUUUUCAACUUUAUUUCCCCCGGAACAAGUCUAAUUUCAACCGCACUCGUGCCUAUUCAUAUUUUGGCAACUAUUUUGAAGCAGGCGAAAAUAAAUGACUUAGCGGUUUUCAAUCUUUACAUGUUCUUCCUAAGUCCCUUUAAUACCAGUUUCAGGCCAAAAAAGAAAGGAUAAAUCAAAGAACGGCCGCGGAGGAGACAUAAAUGAUAUAAUUAGCCCGAUUGUAGAAUAUUGAAAAGUUCUCCACAUUUUGUCAAGCGUACAGAAUUGAAGAAUUCAUAUGUUCUCACAAGGGUAAUAGCGACGUUAGAAAAAUAAAUAAGAAUUAAAGAAAUGUGCAUGUUACAUGAGGGGACGCAAAUCGUCUGUACUGUAAGUAUCCCGGAGAGUCCCCUACAUUUUCUUAGACUUUUAGUCUAAGAAAAUGUAUGGGGACUGUAAGGUGUCAUAAUCCUGUUGCUACUGACAUCGAUGUGACAGAUAAUUGCUUUUGCAUUGUUUUCUUUGCCGGCUUAUACUUGUCAUCAAGUUUCAAUAAGACGGCUAUCAUUUUUCACAAGAAUAAUGAAGUUUUCGUAAAUUGUGAGAUCGGAUGGGAUUAAAAUGGGAUUAAAUCACCUACAGAGCUUGAUAUGUCCUUACAGUGCAGACGAUUUGCGUCCCCUCAUGCUAGCCUCAGGACGAGGAAAUAUCGAAGUCUCCGACAAGGUAUCAAACCCCAAACUUGCGAAUUAUCCGCUCUGAUGCUGUACAAUGAACUCGAUGGAGAGUCUGGCCAUUAUUAGGUUAGCUCAGCUAGUUAGCGGUUCUUUUCACUACUACUUAAGUAGUUUUAAUUGCUGCGAAGAUCGCUUUCAUAUUCACGUCUUUAACAGCAGUUCAAAUAUAUGACUUCCAUAUGUUCACAACCGUUUAUUCACCACUUCAUGGGUUUAUUUGGAACCAACACAGUGACCAGCUCCCAGUUGGCUUGUUAGCUCAGUUGGUAGAGCGCUGCACCGGUAUCGCAAAGGUCAUGGGUUCAAAUCCCGUACCGGCCUGAAUAUUUUUCAGGCCUUCUUUUCACUACUACUUAAGUAGUGUUCAAUACUGCGAAGAUCGCUUUCAUAUUCACGGAACCGAUAAUGUCGAAGACUCGGUAGUGAAAUAAAAGAUUUUAUCACGAGAUGUGGAACGAGAGUGGGACAAAUAAAUUUGACACUUUUAUGAGAAAGGAGUUUAUCCCAAGCUCUCAAAUUCUAUUUACAUUAAAAGUGCUAUUUAGUUCAUCUUUUUUUGAAAUUUGAAUAAUGAUGUCGCAAAACGUGAAGCGUGACGUGAAUUUAUCAGUGAGAAAGAUGAUCUUUAUAACAACUUUAUUGGGUACGUCUACGAAUAGACGGACGCCAAUUGGGUUAGUGCAGCGGGACAUCGAGUCCCAUACGGGGCACUACCCCUCUUAAAUCCACCCAACCCAACCCAGGGGAGGACAUCCAUCACACAGUAAUCUCGUGCGUGGGAAAUUAACGUCUCCUACCCCAAACCCUGCAGGAGACGGGACCUCCGGCUUAACGUCUUAUCCGAGAAGACGAAGCAAGGUGAGUGAAGCGGCUUGCUUAAGGCCACAACGUAGUGCCCCGGCCAGGACUCGAACCCGGGCCGUCCGACCCAGAGUCCAGCGCUCAGACCACUGGACCACUCACGCCUCACUCUUGAUCAUGUUUUAUUGUUCUUCGACUAAAGGUUUAGAUCCAUGGCACCAAAUGGUUACAGGAAGAUCUCCUCCACCAGUGACUCUGCCGAGAAAGUUGGUUUUGUUUCUUUCCUUUUGUUCCAAUGGAUGAACGAUGUUAUGAAGACAGGCAGUAAACGAACCUUAGAGGAAGGUGAUUUUGUACCACUCUCAAACGAGAACACCUCACAGUCAGCCACAGAACUUCUUGACAGAAAAUGGAAAGAAGAAAUAGCUAAUUCUAUCAGGAAGAAGAAAACACCGAAGUUGUGGAAAAGUGUUUUGAAAAUGAUUUCUUACAGGGAAGCUGUUUUUGCUGUGUGCUGUGAUGUCUUGUUCGCAAUCGGCUCCCUCCUUUCGCCAUUGCUCAUUGGAUAUCUGAUUUUUAUGUUAAUGUCACCUGAAACACAUCAGAACAACAUCCUUCAUGGUUGCAUGUUAGCAACUGCAAUGGCUGUAAACACUUUGGUUGGGAGCCUCGGCAUGCAACAUUCCGCUUACGCGGCUGAAAUAAUGGGCAUCAGACUGAGUAACGCAGUAAAAGGUCUCGUUUACAGGAAGGUGGGCACAAGUAGAGUAACUGACUCGUUCCAAGCCUUCUCCAUAAUGUGCACGGCGUUCACGUGUGGAAGAAAGGGGUGAUGGGAAAGAGGAAAAGGCUCUCUCACUUUUCCCACUCUGUCGCACUUGCCCGUGUUAGCUGCCGACACCGUCCCUUUGAAGAAAAUUGGAAACGAGUCAGGGUAGGGUUGGGUUGGUUUGGGUAAGGGGAAUGGACGCAAUCUUCCUCAAUUCUCUCAGCACUUGCUCCUUCACCUCUUUAUACACUUUUGUUGUUAACCUUGGAUUAUGGAGUAGUCAGAGAAAGUUUUUAAUCCAGUGGGUGCAUUCUCUCUUUUCUUGGCAACAUUGUGUAUCCGCAGGCAGUAUUUACACGGCGAAAAGGCGUAACCAGCAUCGGAAAUGAUUACGCCGAAGCUGAAGCUUGUAUGAAUUCAUACGCUUUCGCAAACUUAAGUAAUGAGAUUUUUCUUGGCACGUUACGACUCUUGUAGUUACGCCUCUGUGUUGGGAGCGUGAGAGUUGGUUCAAUCUGCUUGAAUCAAGCUUGAAUCCUCGAUCUCGCGGGUGGCAGUCGGCGUUCUAGGAAUUUGGCUGGUGGAUAGCAUUGAAGGCGCGCUCAGAUUGGCUACUCAAACUUCAAAUAUCCCUUGCUAUUCACCUCUGAGAAAAUUGCCCGGAAUUUUCGCCCAAAAAGCGUUGCAGGAAUAAAUGAGUUAAAAUCAUCUUUUUGUGUUUCUUUUCUCUCAAUGUUUUACUACAUACUAAGGCAAUUACACACCUCAGAGUCGGUGGCUACCUGUGGGUAUUUACCUCGCCACUUAGCAGCUUGGUAAAUAUCCACCACUAAUCACCUUUAGUUUGGCGAAUGGUAGUUAAUGAUUCUGAUUGCUUUCUGCACUUAACAUGGGUUUUACUUUUCAAAAAGUCAAUUCUAGUAUUGAUAUUGUUUCAUUCUCAGAUUUUACUGCUUAGCAAGAGCUCAUUGUCAAAGUUUUCAGCAGGGCGUGUGAUCGACCUUCUGUCAAAUGAUGUUCAGCGAAUGGAGACAGCACCUAAAUGGAUUUUAGCAAUGAAUUCAGCCAUACUCCAAAUCGUGCCCGCAACGUUUAUAAUCGUUUAUCUGAUUGGCUGGCAGGCUCUUAUGGGAGAGAUAUUUCUCUGUCUUCUUCUACCGUAUUAUGCAGAGAUGUCUUCUGUCAAUGCCGCACUGCGUCUGCGUUCAGCGGCGGAAUGUGAUAUGCGAAUUUCUUUGACGAACCAAGUGGUUUCUGGGAUACGUGCUAUCAAAGCGCAUGCGUGGGAGGAUGAAUUCAGAGAAAAAAUAAAACAUACACGGAAGUAAGGGAAAUUUAAAAACCUAUCUAAUUUUUUCAGAUAACCGCAGACGAUCUUUGCACCGACACCUUUGGGUAAACGAAGUGGUAGUAUUGGUUUACUAGCGUAAUAACUCAUGCAAGAUUUUGGAAAAACACUCUAAGAGUUUUUAAUUCACAAACGUAACAUUUAUGGGUGGAGAUGGUGGCUGUGAGGAAGGUUGGAAGUCAUAUUUAGGAAUAGUUUGUGAUCAUGGCGAUGUAAUGUUUAUUGCGCUUUGCUUAUUACAAAAUGUGUUCAGUUUUCAGAGAGUUUUUCGGUGUAAUUAACGAUAAGUAUGUGAACAACCACUGGAAGAGUUAUGGGUGCAGAGUGCAGAGCGCAGAGUGCAGAGUGAAGAGUGAAGACUGCAGAGUGCAGAGUUUCUAAUCAGUACCUUCAUUUUGUCCAAAAAUGAUAACAACAAAUCUUUUUGUUUCUUUCAGACGAGAAAUAAGCAUCAUCCGUAAGAAAAGUGCCAUUCUCUCAGGUUUGGCUGCCUUGGAGUAUACUUCAAUACCAAUCCUGCUGUCUGUUAUAACUCUGAUGUUUACUGGUCAACCCCUAACACCAGUCAAUAUUUUUAUGCUCUUAAUGUUUAUUAACUUGCUAAGACUUAACAUUUGCUUUGGCACUGCGUAUGGUGUGGUGGAGACACGGGAAUCAUUUGCAUCCCUCGGAAGAAUAGAAGAUUUUCUUAUUUCAGAGGAUUUGUUUUCCUUCUCUGAGGGUCAUUGUCUACAAGACAGAGGAACAGUUCUAGAAAGAAAGUCGGGCAACUUACAAAACGAUUCUACAUCUAUGAGCCAGUCGCAUGUAUCAGAUGAAGAUCCCCUUACUGAUCAGUGGAUAAACCCUUCCAAGCCAGGAGCUUUAUGUGUGUCGCAUUUAAGAUAUAAAGAAAUGGCGAGGAAAGAUGCAUUUAUUCUUCAAGAUGUGGAAUUCAUUGCUGCGUCAGGAAGCUUGACAAUUGUCACCGGACCAGUAGGCAGCGGUAAAUCAACUCUCCUCUCAGCGAUCGCUGGCGAGAUGUCAGACGUAAGCGGAACAAUAAGUCGUCAAGGAACUUUUGUGUAUGCACCGCAAAUAGCAUGGGUGUUCUCUGGAACCUUAAGAGAAAAUAUUUUAUUAGGAGAGUCGUACGAUGAACCAAGAUACACCAGAAUAAUCGAGGCAUGCGCUCUCACAAAAGACUUUCAGCAGUUUCCGAACGGUGACCAAACCGUUGUUGGUGAGCGUGGUGCCGUUCUGAGUGGUGGUCAGCGUGCAAGAGUAAGCUUAGCACGCGCAGUGUACGUGGAUGCAGACCUUUUCUUGUUGGAUGACCCUCUCAGCGCGGUGGACUACAAAGUCGGUCGGCAUAUCUUUGAAAAGUGUAUCAAGGGUUUGCUUGGUGACAAGACCCGCCUGUUAACUUCUCAUCAAGAGCAACACAUGAAAGAUGCAGACCAAGUGAUUGUACUGCACAAAGGUCGCGUUCUGGGGAAGGGAACCUUCGCUGAGCUUCAAGGAAAAGGCAUCUUAAAUACCACCAUCGACCCACUUUACAAGAAUGCUUCGACAGAGAACAAGUCUAAUGACAUGGUCACCGCAAGGGAGGAUGAAGGGAGACGCGGAGGUUUGAAGCCACUCACAAAUAAAGACAAUGAACUGGAAAUAUCUGUUGAAGAUCGGGCAAUCGGAACGGUGUCAAGUAAGCUGUAUUGGGACUACUUCAGAAGUGGUAUUAACUCCUUGUUCAUCAUUGGAAUGAUUUUCUUGUGUCUUAUUUCUCAAGGUGAGCUCUAAAGAAUUAUUAAAAUGGGAAAAACUUAGCCAUUGUUUGGUGCUGUCGAGCAACAUUCUCUUUCGGGAGGAACGAGCAAGCAGGCAACCAAGUCAGAAACUCCAACCCAGUUUCUUUUUGUCUCAGAGGAGCAAGAGGAAACUGGGACUAACGGGAAAAGGCAUGCAAAGGGUGAUGGGAAAUUAAUGUUAAGACUAACAACCAAUCUGACAUUUACGAGAAAGGUUGCCGCCUUUUGAUCCUGAGUUAAAAAAAUGUUUAUUUCAUCUGAUUUAGACUUUUACGUAGACUAUGAAGCGUAAUUUUAUCAUUCAUCAUAUUUUUUCGCUUUUUUCAGCAUCGAUGGUUGCCCCUGACGUGUGGCUGUCCUUUUUGACCGGGAAACUUCCAUCAAAGCAGAAAGACAAGACAAAUUUAACUAUCUACGGUGGUUUGGUCGCUGCUUCUUUCAUAUUAGGCAUUAUCAGGGCUUACACUUUCUUUUUGGUUUGUCUAAGAAGCUCUGAGCGUCUUCAUGACAAAAUGGUUGUGGCUCUUUUAAAAGCGCCGGUUCUUUUUUUCGAUUCAAAUCCAGUGGGUAGAAUCCUGAAUCGAUUCUCUAAAGAUGUGGGUUGCAUGGAUGAGUUAUUACCAUUACAGUUUCUAUCUACAAUUCAAUUUGUAUUGGUGUUGCUCUCAUCUGUUCUCGUUCCUUCUGCUACAAAUCCUUGGGUUUUGUUUGUUACCGUUCCAGUGACGGCCAUGAUUCUUUACUUCGCAAGAUUUUACUUGAAGAGUUCUAGAGAACUAAAAAGGUUGGAGUCAAUAUGUCGAAGCCCAGUCUUCUCUCACAUAUCAGAGACUCUUGAUGGACUGGACACAAUUCGAACAAGAGGCAGACAGAGAGAGUUUAUGGACAAGUUUUACAGGUAAGUUCAUGCAACUUUCCAAGUGAGCUGGGAAAGUAAAAUCUGAAACUCAAUUCAGGCUUGGUCCGCAAAACGCUCAUAGCGCAGGGUUUGUGUUUGGCAUCUGGAAUCAUCAUCCCUAAAAAACAAUCUCCCCAGUUACCCUUUCCUCCUUCCUCCCACCAUAGCCUCUCUCUCCCCCCCCUCUCUCCCCCCUCCACCUUCCUCUUCCAACGCUUUGAAAAUUGUGGAGAUGGAAUGCUUGGUUGAUUGGGGCACUGGAUUUGGUACUUGGUCCCAGCCUCAAAUUUGCCCCUCUACCUCAUAACAUGUUUUCGUUGGCGUUCUCGUGCUUACUAUUCUACUACGUCGUGUCCAAAAUUUUUUUAAAUUUACAUUUUGUUUACCAAAUCUAUGAAUCUGUUUUGUUCAUGAUGGUGAUGGCACCCUCUCCGCAGCACUUAAAGAACUCGCUGCGCAGGUUUGGCAUUUGAAGUCGAGAUGAUUAACUUUAAUUUUUUUUUCUUUCCCUACGGACAGUUACCAAGACACUCAUACCCAAUCCUUUAUCAUGAUGAUGGCAAGUGGCAGAUGGUUCGGUGUACGUCUGGAUGCAAUAAUUUCUCUUUUAAUUGGCUUGGUGGUCUUAGUGGCAGUUUUAGUAUAUCAGGAUGCCGGUAUGUGUAGUUCCAACCAAAUUAAUUACACCGUUACACGCUCAUGUACACUUUAAAAAGCCUGUGAUGUUCCAUGUGAUAAGACUGUCCAAAGAAUCUUUUCGUGUGUAGCGGGAGACCAAAACAAGUCGUUUUCCAACAAUUCCAUUCAUCACUAUCUUCAUGAGGACGAAUUGAGAUUAGUUUGAUUAAAAAAAAGUUUUUUCCAAAGUAAUUUAGCAUAUCACAAGAGUAGCGUCGCGGUAACAGAUAACCGCGACAUGCUGUGUCGUAUCGAUUCGUUAAAUUUUUGGUAAUUUUUUUUGCGUGACCUGCUAGAAAUGAACAGUUAAUUAACAGAUUUUUUUUUCUAAUUAGCUUCCGCUGGGCUUUCUCUCGCUUACCUCAUUCAAACGGUGGCCUUGACGCAAUACGCUGUCAGAAAAUCAUCAGAUGUCGAGAAUUUUAUGACGUCAGUUGAACGAGUUAUGACCUACACCAAGCUAGACUCUGAGCCUGGAUACGAAGUGGACACACUUCCCCCGGAACACUGGCCACGCGAAGGAAAUAUCACAUUCCGCGACGUGUCGGUGACGUAUUACCCAGGGGGACCUAAAGCCCUGAGGAACAUCAGUCUUGUCAUCAAAGGAGGCUCAAAAAUUGGUGUUGCAGGCCGCACGGGCGCCGGCAAAUCAUCUUUUGUCGCAGCUCUUUUGCGCAUGCCCGACCCUGACGGAGAGAUUUUGGUGGACGGAAUUCAGAUAAAGAAUAUUAAUCUCCGAGCAGCUCGCGGGUGUAUAUCCGCUCUUAGCCAAACUCCGGUGCUCUUCAGUGGAUCAUUGAGGAAGAACCUGGAUAUUAUGAAGUGCUUCCAAGAUGCAGAUCUGUGGCGGGUCUUAGAGGAUGUGCAACUGAAAGAUUUCGUACAAAGUCUUGAGGGACAAUUGGAUUACGAAUUGUUGGAAAAUGGAGCAAAUGUCAGUGUAGGAGAGCGGCAGUUGAUUUGUUUGGCUCGUGUUCUGUUGCAGAAGAGCAAGAUCGUCAUCUUGGAUGAACCCACUGCACACGGGGAUCCAGCCACAGAAGAAACAAUCUGGAGAGUGGUGCGAGAGAAACUGAAAGACUCCACAGUAAUAACUAUAGCUCACCGUCUGAACACCAUCCGACACUGUGACAAAGUAUUUGUUUUCAAGGAGGGAGCGGUGGUCGAGUCUAGAAAGUUUGACACAUGA